CGCCGUCAGGUUUUGAGAAAGCCACAGCAUACUAAUAACCAACCAACGUCUCUCCUUAAAGUAUUUAUUUCUACCAACCAACAAACCAACCAACAAAGUAAGUGUAUCAAGAGAUACACCAAGCCAAGCUGUCUCAGGUUACGUCAGAUCCCCGUGUUUUUCCUGCUGUACCUACCUGUAGAGUAUCACAUCCAACCAGCCACCAUGAUCAGGUGUUCAUCAUUGCAUGUAUUCCUCGUAUCCCUGCUGUGCUUGGGGCAUGGCGGUUUCUCGUUUGUCCAUCAAACUGCGGCACCCAUUAUUAGGUCUACCAAUACUGUAGUAAACCGGGCCCUGUUGUUUGCCAGUGCCAGUACUGCUUCAUCACCUGAUGCCGUCAUUGCCCCGCAAGUCGUCGCCACGGGCUACUCGUCCGAUGACGAUCUACCCAAGGCUAUUCGAGAAGCUACAGCGAUGGCCAUGGAGUCCUUGCCAUCCAACGAUGAUAACGAUGAUAACGACGCUACGCCAACGAUGAUUGAUUUGGCCGUCAUUUUUGUGAGUUCCCUCUACGACGGGACGUUUUCUCCUUCACUGGUCGUACCGUCUCUACUCGAUGCCGCGUCAUCGUACGGUGGUGUGAUCCAGCAUGUGAUUGGUUCCACAGCCGGUGGCGUCGUGGGAAGUGUCGCCAAUACUGCCGCUCAAGCACAAAAAGCAAAAUCCAAUUGUCGCCCCGCCGAAUUGGAAGGAACGCUGGGGGUUUCCGUCUGUUUGUUUCAAUUGCCCGGUGUCGAGCUACAAACCUUUCACGUCCUGGGAGACGAUGUCCCCGAUGAUUACGCGCGAUUCCCGGCCAGUAUGUGGAAACAGGCCGUGGGGUUGACUGGAUUUGGUGGUACGGAUGAUGAUGAACAAGACGACGACGACGACUCUCCCGUAUUCAUGCUGUUGCCUUCUCCGGGAUUUCAAAAUGAUUUGGACGAUCUCUUGCAGGGCAUUCAGGCCAAUUUUCCACACAGCAGCACAUUUGGGGCAUUGGCAUCGACGGUAUCGUCCUUGUCACGAGCUCGACUCUUUCGAUACGAUGUCACCGACAAGCAAAAUAUGCAAACGCUGGGAGACGGUUGUGUCGGAAUUGCCAUGAAGGGCGAUAUUCAGAUUCGCACCAUGGUAGCCCAGGGUGCCAAACCCGUGGGAGGCAUUUAUCAAGUCAUCAAAGCCACGGGAUCGACCAUUAAUGCCAUUGUUCUGGAUGAAACCGCUACGGAAUUGGAACGAGAAGCAAGAGCAGAGGAUGAUGAAUUGGAGGACGACGAAGAGGAGGAAGAAGAGGACGAAGAAGCGACGGAUGACGACAGCAAAAAGGCACAAAUGGCAGCCGCAUAUGCCAAAGCCAGCAUCCCCAAACCGUGUUUGGCCGAAGCCAACUUUCUCAUGCGCACACUCAGUGACGACGAUCAAUCGUUUAUGCGAAAAGCACUCUUGGUCGGAUUGGAACGAGGAGGAUCCGUCGGACGAACACCCAGUGAAUUGGCCCGACUCCGCGAAGGACAAGGACAUCGAUUUGAAGUCAAACAGGUCGCCAGUGCGGGUAUGAAAGAUGGAUCCAUCACAUUGCCACUGGGAAGUGUCAAUGUCGAACCGGGAACACGCAUGCGAUUCUUUGUCCGCGAAUCCAAUUUUGCCAAAAAAGAAGUGGAAGCACUCUGGAUGGGAUACAAGAAACGAGUGUUGCAAGAAUCGUUUCAAACACAAAACGAUGACGAUGACGACGACAACAACAAAACGCCAACAAGCUUUCGGCCCACGGGAUGCUUUGUGUUGCCCACAUUGGAUCGUGGCAGCAAGUUCUUCCUGGGAAAACCGGGAUUCGAGAGUGGUACCGUGACCUCUUUUGUACCGGAGAUUAGUGCCAUUUCAGGAUUCUUUUCGAAUGGUGUCAUUAUGAAAUUGGACGAAGAUGAUCCAGCAGAAAUCGCUUCGAGUACUCAUGGGAGUGCUUCGGGAUUUGUACUCUUUGGAAGCAAAUCGGGUCGCCCCAUUUAUUCUCCCGCCGCCGCUGCGGCCGCAAAGGCCAAAGCAGAGGAAGAUCGGAAGAUUGCGGAAGAAGCGGCACGAGCGGUGGCAGAAGAAGAUGAAAAGAGAAAGAUCCGCACAAAAACGGUGGAAACGCUGGGAGGGAAAGCACCACGGUCAGAAGAUGGAGAGCUGAUAUUGAAACGUCGCGAGGUUCAUUCUGGUCGAGCAUUGACGGUCUCCACUGUCGAGUGGAGUGUGGCGGAAAAGCAGGCGACACCAUCCUCCACCUUGGAGAGUUUCAUGUGGGACAAAGAAACGGAAGUAGAUCGUUUUCGGGAACGAGUUCCUCUGGCCAAUUUGGUCUCACAGUGCCGUCUGGCUGCUAGCGACCCAACAAAACCCAAACCCCGCGAUUGGGUUGGUUUGAUAAGGCAAGCAUCCAAGGAUGGUUUUGUGGUCAUCCCUGAAUGCAAACGAAUGGAGCCAACGUCGGGAAGCUUGUGGAAGCGAUACGAUGCCGAAAAACUAGCAAAACAAUUCACUCUGUCCGGCGCCCCUGCCAUAUGUGUCAACUGCGAUGCGGUCCUUUUUGGUGGAUCGCAAGAUGAUAUUACACGAGCGAGAAAGUCUGCAUCAUCUGCAGCAGUCGAGAAGGCGUCGGGAGACGACGGGGUGGUGGUACCGCCUAUUCUUGCCUCUGAUCUCGUCUUGUAUCCAUACCAGCUCUAUAAACUCAGUCUUGCUGGAGCCGACGCCGUAAACUUGGUGGGAGGAGCACUAGCCAGCAAGGAUCUCUUGUACUUGACAAAGAUUGCGUCCAGCCUGCAGCUGCAAACCUUGAUCACUGUCACAUCAGAGGUUCAGCUGCGAGCUCUGGCAGCCAUGGCCCCGAAUAGCAUCGAUGGAAUCAUCGCUUCUAACCGGGAGCUGGAAGAUUUCUCGUUUGACAUGUCAGGAGAGCAAGCAUUACGCUUGCUUCAGAGUGAAGCCCUCACGGAAGUUCGAGGCAAGCACGGAGACGAUAUUCCGGUUCUUGUGGAAGGGCGAGUUGGUGUCAUUGAACGAGUAGAUGCCGAUGGGAACACAUCCACGGCUCAAUAUCUGCAGGAGCUUCGAGACGCAGGUGCUACGGGCGUCAUCAUAGGAGGCGGGUUGGCCGAAGGAAACGAUUAUGCAGCCAUUCGAGAAGUAGCCGGUGCACUUGCGUGAUCGGCUUGAUCGAUGUCUAGCUAGCUAGUUCGGGUCAAAAUUACUCAUUCGACACCCUGUCAACCAACGACCAUGGCGACCGGCUAUACUUGGGUUGCAAUUUUGUAAGCGUUGUGUCUACUAGCCUAGUAGUAAGAUAGGAUUACACAUUCUCUCUC